CGAGUGAGCGAGCGAGAGAGAGAGAGAGAAGGAGGGAGGAGAGACGAGAGCAGGACGCGCAGCAAACGACACAUAAUACACAGCGAGUAACGGCAACAUAAGCUGUCAGAGUCCUGAGCUGCACACAGAUCUCAUUAAAGGAUGUAUCGACCGUCGCAGCACAGUCUGUGUGGAGCCUGACGUUCCUGAUCGUCCCUGCUGUUUUCUGAACAGACUCACUGCGUCUCUGCUCUGCUGGCGAGUGUGUGUGUUGUGUUUGGACAUCUGAUUCUCCCUCUUCCUGAAGCCUGUCCACUGCGGUCAUGGACUGCGGAUUGCGUCUGCCACCCGUCAUCGAGGAGGUCUUGGAUCCUGCAGACGAUGUGUGUGACCUAAAGGCAGAGCUUCCCGUUUUCGGCAUCCAAAUGACGGCCAAAGAGCGAGGCUCGCUGGAGCACAACGAGGAGCGAGACCAGGAGGAUCUGGACACUGGAAACGGAGAGAAGGGCCAGGAGGACGAGCAGGAGAAGAAGAAGGAGGAGCAGGAGGAGCUAAGGGGAGCAGCAGAUGAGGAAGAGGAGGAGGAGGAAAAUGAGCUGGAGGUGUUGAGGUCUCAGGUGGUGCAGCUGCUGCUGGAGCUGGAGGAGACCAGAGAGGUGUCCCAGAAGCAUGAGGACAGCUAUAAUGAGCUGCAGGGUCUUUUGGAAGAAGAGCGUCUGGCUAGUGCCCAUCAGGCCGAGAGCUUCACCAGACAAAUCCAGAGACUUCAAGCCCAGCUGCGGUCAGUGCAGGAGGAGCUGGACAGUCUGGAGGAGGAGAAGGCCAGUGAGCUGUGGGAGGCGCAGGAGGAGCUGCGAGCGGCGCAGGACGAGGUGCAGGAGCUCCAACAGGCGGCAGAGGAGGCUGCCGCUGAGCGGGAGAAUGACAUCGCCUUGCUGCAGGAGGAGCUGUGCCGUAUGCGGGCCGAGCUGGAACGUCUGCGCGGCACCACACAGGAGUACGAGCUGGAGCUCACAACACUAAGAGCCGAGAUCAACAUGAAGAACCAGAGCAGAGAGCAGCAGGAGAAACCAGGAGGAGGUGAUGUGGACCAGCUGAUGGAGGAGUGUCGCUCUUUAAAGGAUGAGCGUCAGACUCUGAAGAACGACAACAAAGAGCUCUCGGAGAAACUGGAGAUACUGGAGCAGCAGCGAGCCAGCUCCACCGAUUCAUACCUGGCCCUGAAAACUCAGCAGAACGACACAGAGAAAGAUGAUGAAGUUGAGACGGAGGUGAAGGCUGAGGGUUUCAUCAGCACGCUGGAAAUGGAAGGUGGGAAGUGCGUGGAUGCUUAUACCCAGAAGAACAUCUCGUUUGAAGGCAAACCCAUCACCCCGACUGGGAAGAGCGGAGGAUUUUCAGAGGUGUUUUCUCUCCGAGAUCAACUGAAACAAGCCGAAGAGAAAGCAUCAAAGGUCCAGAGAGAGUGUGAGGGACUGAAAGGAGAGCUGAUGGAGCUGCAGGGGCUUUAUGAGAGCAGUCAGAGGGAGAGGGCGGAGCUGGAGGCGGAGCUUCAGCGCUACAGGGCAGAGCUUGACCGGCUGGCCGGGAGAAAGGCUCAGAGCUCCACUCCUUCGUCUGAGUGCCCUAUUCUCUCCAUACCCUUCAUAGGAAUGGUUGUAAUUUUGGGCCUGAUAUGGUGCUGCUGGAAGGAGCUCUUGUCCUAAAGGGGGAAAGGAGAGUGAGGGAGACUGGAACCUGGUGAUGGUUGUUGCGGUCGCAGCAGCAGCGGUUCUACUCAUUCCCAGUUUAACCAGAGCUCUGGCCUGAAGGCUGAACAGAAAGUGACCUCAUCCUCCCACUUCGCCUAUGGUACUCAAUUCUUCCUCCCUGACCACACUAAUGGGAACCGAAAACCAUUCUUCACCCAGUUCAUGCGGGAACACAGUAGCUUCCAAACUCAAUGCUUUUUUGGUGUGCGUUGUGAUGCUGGUUGUUUGCCGUUCAGCUUUGCUUUUGUAGACAAUCAUAUCUGUUUCAACCAAUGAGGGAAGACUUCAACAGCUUCUGAUUGGUUCCCUCCUUCCCAUUUCAUUCGCUGUUUUCUUCUCUUAAUGGACGAUUUCAAAGGUCGUCCUGAAACUGUUUGCCUUAUCAUUUUUUCAAUAGAACAUUUGCACAUUUGACCUCUUUUUGGCUGUCAAGAAUAAACUGAUUUCGUCUUGAGGACCAAAGAGGAUGCCGUUCUUCAUUGAAAAUGCUUUGGAUGCUGCAUUUCGCUUAGUGCAUCAUUGCUUUCCGUUUAGAUAGGAGCAUGCAGUACUUUUUCAAUCUUCCUGAAUCUUUUUUUAAUAUAGGGAAGGAUCAUUUGUGUUUAGCAAUCAUGAUCCUCACUUUCGUCCAGGGCAUGUUCUGUUGGAUUUCUGACUCCAAAACUGUGUAGGUGUCUGUACAGCACUUCUCUGUUCAUAGAUUGCACACAUCUGAUGCGUAAUGCAGUUUUACAUUCCUUUUGGUCAAGAAUGCAGAAGAUUUCUGGUGGGUUGAGGUUAUACCAGCAGGUAAAUAUGCUUAUUUUCAACUUUCCACAGAUAUUUUUAUACGCGAACUGUUUAUUCCGAGACGUGGAGUUUGUAGAUUGAUUUUGUUGCGUGUAGAUUGAUAAAUGAUACUAAAGAGUGAUCGAUAUUUUUAUAUAAAGGUUGACAAAUGUAUAACACUAAAUGAACUCCGAAACGAGUGUAAUGAACAAGCACAGAUAUACUGUAAAUCUGUUGAUGAUUUCAUUUUAAGUUAUAUGAUCUUUUUUUAAUGUUUGUAAUGGCUAAACUCAGCAUAUUUACAUCUAUACGAUCUAUUCUCUGCACACAAACUGAGGCAAAUGAAAGAGUUACAAAAUGUUGGAAAAUGGCAUGAAUCAGCGAUUCUCAACUGGUGCCCAAAAAAAAAUGAAUCAUAGUUCUUUGAUCGCAGGGAUAAACAGCCCCAAAGUUUCAAUACUGUAGCAAAAUCUUAAAGCUUAUGAAUGCAAAAAACACUUUAGAACAAAUGAAGAAUUCUUUCUGUAUGAUACAUUUCAAUGCAAUUCAAUGUUUGAGUUUUUUAAAGAUUUUGGUAGCAUGUUCGGUUGCCAGCCUGAUGUGUAAUGUAAAGCCAGACGAGAACUACUAUUCUUACAGAAAUCCUUGAAAAAAAGAUGUCUCUUAAUACUUGUGCACACUGGGAAGUUUUCGAUUGUGCUUACCACCACCGUUUUUCCAGACUUCUUUCGCCAUUUUCACUGUCGAUCAGCAGUCCUUGACUCCCUGACGUUAGAUGGCGCUUGAUGAAUAACAGAAAUACAUAACUUGACACACAGACACCAAUGAAAUCAUCAUUGAAAUUCAUCUAAAUUCUUCAUCUAUAGGAAAAUGUGCUUGUCUAGACUGUUUUGUGCAGGAGCACCACCAAUUGUAACCCAUUGGUGAAUUUUUAAAGCUUCAUGCAUUUUUUAUAUUAAAAUUAUGCUUUUAAACCCAGCAUUUUGCGCAUUGGUGUGCACGCUUGUAUUGUUUAGUCACAAAGCAUUAAAUUUUAAAGAUCAUUCAUUAAUUUUCCUUCGCCUUAGUCUGUAUUUCAAAGGUCGCCGCAGUGGAAUGAACUGCCAACUAUUCCAGGAUAUGUUUUACGCAGCUUUCCAUCCACAACCCAGUACUGGGAAAAUGUUAAUGAUCAGUGCAAGCGAAAAUCAUCCCAGUGUGCUUUUACAAUGCAAUUCAAUCUGUAGCAUUAAUAUAUAAAGCAUGAAUUGAUAUCUAGCUAAUAAAAAUGCUAGAAACAGAAACUUCCAUACUGCCUUUCACCAAAAAUGUAUGCCAUUAUAAAAAGAAAUAGACAGUUGGCCUAAAAAAAUUAAAAUUUGCUUAAUUUACUCAACCUGAGGUCAUCCAAGAUGUUUUUUGUUUUUUUCAGAGACCUCAAUGUAACCUAAGAGUAAAUUAAUGAUGGCUUUUAAUUUUUGUGUGAAUUAUCUCUUGAAAUGAUGUAUGUUUACCUAGGGAAGUUCAAAAAAUGAAAUAUGUAGCGUUUUCCUUCAGAGGUAGAUUCAAAACAAAGUAUAACGAUUAAUAUUACUAUCGCUGAACUCAUAUCCAUCAUGAAUGCUCUGAGGUACUAUUGUUAUGAACAAGACUCUAUUUCUUAAUACUUACAGUAUCUAUUACUAUAUAAUCGUUUCUGGUAUACACACAAGUUGUCUUCACCUGAUGUCUUUUUACAGCACAAACUAGACUAGAAUUGUAGCAGUGUGUUAUAGUGUUAAGACCCGGCAGUAGUAUGGGAAUAUUUACAGCAUCCCAAAAUCUUUCCAGUGGCGUUUUCUGCUGUCCUGUCGAUAGACUCAGAAUUACGGUAGCACAACUUGAUUGUUUAAUGUAUCAGUGGUCGGCUGACUUUCUAUAAGACGCUGCAUGCUACACAGUGACUUGUCUAUGAAAUAAAAUAAACGUGCUAUUUGUCCUGCGCCGUUUUUUUUUUUUUUUUAACGGAAAGUGUGUUUUACAUCAAAAAGAAGUUGAUGUAUGAUGAAGGAGCCAGAACAAAAUUCACACACUCUUUCUCUCAGCUCUUGUAAAUGAUGUAAUAUGUACAGAUUGUGCAUUUGCAUGUUCAUGGCAGUAGAUUCUGCAUGCCGAGUGAUGGAAACCAGUGGUAGAUUUAGCUCAUGUGACAAAUUAGAAGUAGAUUUCGCAUGAAAUCAAAUCGAAAUCAGAUUUCUUUCCACAUUUGUUUAAAGUUAAAUAUGAAGACCAAGAUUUUUUUUCUUCUUUUGUUCUUGAUUGUUAUAAAUAGCACUGAAAUAUUUUCAAAUAUCCGACUGGAGCUUUGAGAAAACGUAGGAUUUCUCCAAAGGCACCUAUAUUAACUGUAUGUAGUCUUGAAUGUAGUUUUAUCUCUAAUUUAAAGUCCAUAAUGCACAUUUUCUGUCCAGUUCUCUGUUCCGUUUAUUAUCUAACUAAAGCCUUUUACGUUCUAAGAGAAUUACAGAUUGUACAGGCUAACAAAAUCAUUAGAAAUCCAUCGUAACGGUGCAUUAAUGGUUGUCGGAGGGUGUUAAAUGUGAGGAAAUGUAGGUUUGUAUCAUUGUGGCGAUGCUGCUGCUUGUAUGUUUGUUUGUAUGUGGUUGUGUAUUGUGUAUCUCUUCUGUACAGUGUCUUUGACAUGUUUACAUGUUGUCUCGCCUUAACAGGCACUUAUUUAAAAAAAGCAUAAUGAAAUUUGAAGUAUUUUGCUAACCAUGUAUAUUUUGUAAAUGAACAGGAACAAAUAAAGUCGUUUAUCCAGAGCA